GGGGGACCGGUGGGAGCGUGGUGGGAGCGAGGGUUGCCCUCCAUCUGUUUUCCAAUCAGAUGAAAAUGCCUCUACAGAGGAGAAAAGAAAAUGAAAGAGUGCCCCAUAUGCAAUCCACAUACUACAGAACCGUCCGGAAGCCUAGAAACUGCUGGAACCAGAGGAUGGAGAUGAUCCAUAGGAGAGAACUGGCUAGAGCUGCUGGAAGAAACAGCUCUCCCUUCUACAGCAAUUUGGUUCCCUGCCAAACUUUCAGUAAUAAAUAGAGCCAGCAAGCUCUCCGAAGACAGAGCUGCAGCUUUUCAGGGGAGAAAUCAAAACAAGAUCACAAGAAGCCUGAAAAAUGAAGCCUAAAAUGAAGUAUUCAACCAUGAAAAUUCCCCCAGGAAAGAUGACUAGCUCAGCAGGCAAAGCCUUGGUAAAAUCUUCCAAGUUGAGAAAAUCCCAACAGAAGGCUGAAGGAGUUUGCCAGAUGUACUUUAUGCAGCUACGCUCUGGCCUUAAAAUAGAAAAGAAGGCCUGUUACUUUAGGAAAGAAACAACCAUAAGGUAUUCACCAAGAACAGCUGAAAAGUACAAAGAGCAACAUCUGGAAUCCACUGCUUAUCAGAAGCAGGAACACUGUGUGGAAGAUUUUGCCUUUGGUAAUACUGGGGUCCAGAAAUAUACUACAGCAACUGGUCUUCCAAGUAUCAAAGAACAUUCUGCUUCCCUGAGUACAUACAACGAUCAAUCCAUUACUUUUGUUUUUGAGGGUGGAAGUUAUGAGAUCUAUGUUGAUGAGUUGGGAAAAGAUCAAGAGAAAGACAAGGUGUUACUCCGUUACUAUGAUUCCCAAUUCCUCUCAAGUGAAACAGAUGGUGGUGGUGAUCAUCGGAAGUUAAUGGUAAACCUGAGCCCCACAAAAGACAAAGACUUCUUGCUGCAUGCCAAUAGUAAGGAGCAUUCUGUGGAGCUACAAAAAUUUGAAAACCAGUUGCCAGAACAGGCCUUCUUUGUCCUUCAUGAGCAGACCUCCCAAUGUGUUUCAUUUGAAUGUAAGAGCAAUCCUGGAGUGUUUCUAGGAGUAAAGGAUAAUCACCUAGCUCUAAUUAAACGAGGGGAACACCCUGAGGAUUCAAAUGAAGAGAAUACCAUAUUUAAGCUCUCAAACUUAAUAUGAUGGAAAGCUGUGGAUCCUGGGUUGAGUAGCCCAAACAGCUACCACUGGAGAAAGAAUGAGAGAUAAAGAGACAGAUAACAUGAAGGCAGAUGGAAUGUUUAGUAUGCUGUGGAAUGUUUUCCUUAUUAUGUAUAAAAAUAUUUUUUAUAAUCCUUCAGUUCUGUUUUUUACUUCCCUAUGUAUCACUUCAUAUUCAAUACAAGUAUUGGUGUAUUAAAUAGCAUAUUGGUAAAAAGACUUGCCAACAUUCUGAAGAGAUACAGCCUGGCCUUUACUUUUUUCUACUUUCAAUCCAGAAAGAACCUCAUAAUUCAAGCUGAGACCUCUGGGGAGAAGUAAAGGGCCUUAUCCCCAGCUUCGCUUUAGACAGGGGUCAAUUUUAAAGAGCUACAUAGGGACAUAAUUUUGGUUACAAAUAAUAGCCUCAAACAUUAGAGACACUAAUAAAAAGACACCUGGAAGCUACACAGAUUGACCAUUUCACAACUGGAAUAAAACACCAAGUUCGUUUGUAAAUACCUGAAACUUCAGAUGGCUAAGCUGCUAAUAUAAAUAUGUGAAAAGGCAAGGAUAUUUUAAAAAUUAAGGAAAAUAAAUCUAGUAUUUUAAAAGUGAGUAAUUUUACCUUUUAAAAUUCUGAUUUUUAUAGACUGAGUUAACUUUAAGUAAGGCAUUCUUACAUUAGAAAGUGAAAUAAAUUUCAGUUCAGACAUAAAAUUGAAAUUAUUAGGAAUAUCUAACAAACUAGAAUUUUUUUUAAAGCACUGAGCCACAAUGUAUGUUCAGGCAUCCAAGUACCAUGGGCUCCAAGUACCAUGGUGUGGCCAGAAGUCCUCUAACCUACUAGAGCUUAGACAGUACAUAAGAUUAACGUUACAAUUUCAAUAACUGGCUCUCCCUCAUAUGUUCUUCUGACCCUGGCUUCCAGGAAUCUCUGACUUUUGAUAUAUUCAUCACCUUGGACAAAAUUUCUUCUCAUCCUUUCUUCCCACGUGCACAAAUCCUUUUGUUGUACAGCUUCCCAAUAACCAUGCUUCCUACGGAAUAUUCAUUUGACUUCUGUUCUUUCUCCAUUUCUUUUGACCAACUAUGUCCUUUUGCAACCCCUGACCUCACUUUCACAUCACCUGACCUUUGGAUGCCAACAUCUUUAUUCUGCUUUGUCUACCCGAUGCUGUGGAAUUUUACAUAAACCUACUGAUAGCAAUAUUCUUCAUUAAACAUCUUUGUGUUUUAUUGUUACUAAGGUAGUGUAACAUUGAUAAUAAAUGAUAAACAUAAUGACAGAAUACUUAUAAAAUACAACUUUUUCUGAAAGUGUAGGCUUUUUAAUUUGUUGAGAUAUAUUGACUAUAACUGCUGGUGGAACAUAAAAUAAAAAAGGCUGAGAGUUACUGUAUGAGGGCAAACAAUUAUAGAACAAUAUAUCUUUGUUUCAUUACUUCAUCAAUAAUUUUACUAUAGAGAAAAAAAUAGAAGCAGAAUCUAUAUCAUUCCCUCUGAAAAACACUAAAUGGUGAUUGUGUAUCUGUACGAUAUACUUAAAAUGAUUAUUAUUAAGUAACCAAAUAUAUCCAUUACAUUGUUCAUGUUCUUGAAUAAACUGUAUUUUUUAAAAUAUGUGCGACCAUAAUGAUUUUAUCAUAAAAUGACUCAAUAUUGUGAAAUUCAUAAGUGAAAGUAAGCAUACCCCAAUCCAUCAAUGUUAGUAAAUGGAGUAGGUCAUUUGUCUAAUAUUUUUGAUGACUCAAAAUUAAGUAGGAUUUUUCAGAGAAGAGACUGUGUCUUUUUCAUCUUUGUACUCCCAGUGCCCAACAUGGUGGCCAGCACAAAGGAAGCAUUCAGUGACUUUUACCUAAGAUCAAAUAGCCAACACGUACUUGCAUUAGAACUUUAAUCUGGGACCUCCAACUCCUUAUUUAGAUAUUGUUUAACCUGGUUAUCUUAUUUUACAUGUUUGAUUUUGCCUUUAAAAAAAAAUACCUUCCA